CUGGAAUUCUUUUGAGUUCGCUCAGUCAGCAGCCAAUCAGAUGAGGCCAGUCAAACCCCGCGCGCGGCGCUCUACCUGUGACUGACUGACUGUAAAUAAUGAACAACACACGUGCAAAUUCUCGAACCGCCAUGUCUGCGUCUAAAUUCACCUUGCUGUGUAAUUCGCAUAAAUGCCGGGCGAAGCUGAGUGGGUUCGCGUGGGUCACGGCCUGCUGUCAUGUCUUCUGUGAUCAACACGGUUCAGAGGAGUUCAGCCGCACUCCUGCCAUCUGCCCCGCCUGCUCCUCCAUGCUCUCUGGCAAACUGGACGUCUUUAGAACCGAGCUGGCACCGUCAGAGCAAUUCAAGGCUAUGGUUUUGGUCGGACUACAGCCUGAAACUGUUCUGGAAAUCAGCCACAAAGCGUUAAACUUUUGGACAUACCAGGUUAAUCAGGAGAGGAUGCUGAUGGAGUACAAUCUGUCCAGGGCUGGAGGACAAGUGCUUCAGAUGGAGAAGUAUAUGAUCCAGCAGAACCAGAGCAAAGAGCUGGAGUUAAAUGCAUUAAGAGGAGAGAUUGCGUCACUGAAAAAGGUGCUGGAGGAAUAUAAGGGAAAGUACAAUGAGGUUUUGGAGCGGCUGAAUGAACGAAAUAGGCAAUAUCAGAAGCUGCAGGGACUUCUUGACUCACUACGGAUGCACACGCUGGGAACGGGAGAGAAAGAUCACAUUUCCCACCCUUUCACUACAGGUUCGGUCAAACAGCGCUCACCGCAUAGCAGUCCUUCAUUCCUGGCACCAGAAGGUGACAGGUUCUUCUCACUGGGACCAGAAAACGCUAAAGCUUUCUUCCAGUUCAGCACACCCACCCGAGACAGAGCCCAAUCUUUUAUCAAGAAAAACUAAGUUUGACAUGAGUUUCACUAAGAUGCUUGUUCCUUUCACUUAGGAAUUCUGAUUUCAGUUCUAACUGCCAAAAAUGGUUGAUUCUGUUUAG